UUUGCUUUCUUCUCAUUUUGCCCAACCAAAAGCAGUAAAACAACAACAGAGAGGUUUUUCAUUUGCAGAAUUUAAAAAUUCAUUGAAAAUCAGCAUUGUUUGAAUAUUAACAUGGGUGAGGAGAAGAAAGUGGAAGAAAAAAAGGAAGAAGAGAUAGUUUUAAAGGUUGAUAUGCAUUGUGAAGCUUGUGCUAGAAAAAUUGCUAAAUCCUUGAAAAGAUUCCAAGGAGCAGAGGAAGUAACGGCGGAUUACAAGGCCAGUAAGGUGGUGGUAAAAGGCAAAACUGCAGACCCUCUUAAAGUGUGUGAAAGGGUCCAAAGAAAAAGUGGCCGAAAAGUUGAACUCAUUUCACCUUUACCUAAGCCACCCGAAGAAGAAAAUAAGGAAGAAAUUAUAAAAAAAGAAGAGAAAAAAGAUGAGCGUCCUCCUGUAAUAACAGUUGUCUUGAACGUUCAAAUGCAUUGUGAUGCUUGUGCUCAAGCUUUGCAGAAACGGAUC